AUGUGGGUUUUUCAUAUCCAGCAGAAACCGCGGAACCCCUCAGACGCAGAAACCGCCGACGACCGCACCAUCAUUCUAACCGACUGGGGCAUCGACAUCAUCAACAUGAAGUACAUUCCUCCCAUCCCCCCGCUCGCCAAACCACGCAUGGCGGCCCCAACCGACCGACCCGUGUACAAUCCCAGCAAGCACAAGGCCCUCCCGCCGACGUUCCCCCGCACGGUGCGCUACGGGACCUGGCGCAACGCGUGUGAGGUGUUCCCGCCGAUUGUAGUGCAGACGGCGAGAAAAUCGACGGAGGAGUGGCGGAAACGGGAACGGGAGCUGACGAAUGAUUAUGUGUUGAGGUACUUGAAGCCGGUGCCGAAGAGGAAGAGGGUGAAGAAGAAUGUUAUGCCGGCUUUGAAGGAAGAGCAGAUUGGCGUGUCGGCCCAAAGUCCUUCAAGCAUGUCACCGAUUAAGGACAAUGCGAGGAUCGCUACCCCGAUGAUAUCUGCGCCCGCGAUCAGAGAACCGACGUUGAACAUCGCCACACAGCCUGAUACUGUAACAACACCCAGAGACCAUGCGCCACUAAUAGCCAAAUCUGUCACCAACGCGGCCAUCCCAUUGCCCAACAAAGCCCAAACACCAUCCCAGGUGGCGUUGCCAGUAUCUCCAGUCGUCAGUCCAUCUACACACAUUACCGCUGCUCCGCCAUCACCAGUCAAACAAAUCGCGCCUCCAAUAGCCGCAUCAACUGAAUCCAUCGCUGUGACGGAUUCCGCAGACCAACUGGCCUCAGACAGCGAAGAAGACGACGAAUGGCUCCAACAAGAGAAAGAGCGGCUCUACUCUGCCUGGGGCCGACAAGAAAGCACUGUCGCCGAGCAAACGCAACAGCUGGAAUUGGAGAAAGCAGCGGAAGCUGAUUUGAAGGCUAGCGAGCAGAGGGCAGUCGGGCAUGCGACUGUCAAAGGCGGCGCGGGCGAAGUGAUCCCCGUCGCGUCCCCGAUUAGGCUGAAACCGGCGAGGGACAGUGAGGCUGAUCAUGUUGUGCGGAAGGCUAGCGAGCCGGUCCCGAAUGUCAAUGUCACUUCUCCUUCUCUUGGCAGGGCUGCGAUGGCUGAAUCGACUCUGCAUGCGGCCGCCGUGAGCCCCGGAUCCGCCACUAUCGCGCAACACCCUAUCUCAAACCCCGCCAUCACGGUCAACGACGACGACGUGGCAUCUCCAGCCAUUCCAGAGCCCAUAACCCACCCCCACCUCUCGACCACCGACCCCGACGAACCCGACGCCCUCCACGGCGGCGACAGCCUCGCCGACCUCGGAUUCCACCGGCGCUCCCCCACGGGCAGCAUCAAAUCCCUGACCCCCUCCGUCCUCUCCAAACGCAGCAGCAACGUCCUAUCCUCCACAAAACACACCGUCGCGUCCUUCUUCAAGAAGAGCCGCGACUCGUUGAAGGAGAGUGAGGAGGAGAAGCGGGAGAGGAAGAAGGUCGAGAGGGACGAGAAGGAGCGGGAGAAGGAGGUGCAUAGGAGGGAGAAGGAGGAGGCGAAGAGGGCGAAGGCGGAAGAAAAGGGGAAGAAGAAGGGUGAGAAAGGGGAGAAACGGAGCUCACUGUCCAUUGACAAACUGGGAUUCCAUGCGUCGUUGGCGAGGCGGGCGUCGAGGAGCACCGAGGCGCGUGGGGAUGCUGUUGAGGAAAAGCAAACGAAGCACGCGGAUGCUAUCGAGGAAAACGAAGUCAAAGCAGAUGUGUCUGCUACGGACGCGAUUGAAUCCAGUGAUACCACCCCGCUCGCUGACUCCGCCGCGGCAAAGACAUCCACCGAAGCAUUGGACGAGCAAGAACGGAGAGAUCGGGAACGCGAUGAGAUGCGGAGAUUGAGGAGGGAGCAGAGGGCAAAGGAAGGUGGGGAUGCAGGCCCUACGUCACCUACGAGCCCGCAGGUCGCUUCUUCCCCCGCUCGCGAUCAGGGGGUUUCGCCCGGUGGACCUACCACGGAACUCACGGCAGCGGAAGAGGCGAGACGGAAGCAAGAGGAGGCUGAAUGUGAGCGUAUGGAGAAGGAGAAGGAGGCGGCUGAGAUGGCCGAACGGGAGAAGCGUGCUGCUGCUGAAGCUGAGAAAGCCGUGGCUGAGCAGACUCGCCGUGCGGAGGAGGAGCGGGUUGCUGCUGCUGCUGCUGCUGCUACUGCGAGGGCUGAAACUGAACGACAGGAACGCCAACGGCACGAGCAGGAAGUUCGUGAAGCCGAACGGUGUCGGCAGGAACAACUACGUCUCGAGUCUCAAGACCACGAACGUCGCGAGUCUGAGAUCCGGGAUCGGAAAGCCGAGGAGGAACGCUUGGAAGCUGAGCGGAGGAUAGCUGCUGCUGAAGUUCAAGCGAGGGAAUCAAAGGAACGUGAGGAUCGGGAACGGGUCGCGAAGGAAGUGGCUGAGCGGGAGGAGAGGGAUCGGGCAAAGAAGGAGGAGGAGGAGCGGGUGAAGGUUGAGGCGGUGCGCCAGGCAAAGAUGAAGGCGGAGGCUGAGCGGUUGGAGAAAGAGGAUGCGAGGCGGGCUGCGGAGGAGGAAGCACUGCGGGAGAAGGAAAGGGAGCGCGUUGAGCAGGAGGCUGCUGCUGCUGCCGCCAAGAAAGCGGAGGAAAAGAAGAGGGAAGAUGAGGAAAAGGAGCGGGCUCGGAAGAAGCAGGUUGAAGAGCAGGAAGAAGUGCGCCGGAGGGAGGAAGCGGAGCAGCAAGCCGCGAAGGAGCGAGAAGCCGCCUCUGCAGCUGCAGCUCGAAAAGCAGAAGAAGCCACAGCCACCGAAAAAGCUCGAAAGGACGCCGAAGAAGAAGCUGAACGACGGGACCGCGAGCGCGACGAAGAGCGACGCCGCCGCAAAGCCGAGCGCGAGGCUGAAGCGGAACGCGAGCGUGAACGUGAACCCAAGGCCAAUGCAGCAUCACCGUCAGCGGCACCCACCGAGCCUGUUGCCGUUAUCGUAACCCCGGCCGACACACCCGCCGCAGUCCCGGCUGUGCAUCUCCCACCCAACGCCAGCCGCUUCCUCAACGCCAUGGACAUCCAAGCCAUUAAAGGGGUCCAACCCGUCUCCCGCGCCGGCGACGAGCCCGCGCCUACCGCCAUACACGCGAACACGAGCGCAAGCACUCGCCAGAGUUUCAGCGACCAAGGCGCGGCCGCCGCCAUCGGGUCCAGCGAAGGAUCCCUGGAACGCCCACCGAUGCAUGUACCUGAAACGCCGAAGCAGUCGAUGCAGUCCCUCGCGCCUGCUGCAGCGGCGUUCAAGAGCGUGUCGUCUUUGGCGUCGAUGUGGGGUGGUGGGGCGAAGGCGAGGGCGGGAGGGGUGGAUGCGGGACGGUCGAGUGUGGUUGUUGUCCCCGGGAACCCGGAGUUCAACGCCAUGGUCACCUGGAAGAACGCUAAGCUGGAGUUGAAAGUCGUGGGCAUCGAGCUCCAUUGCCUGGAAGCAGGGAAAAACAAACAACACAAACACUUCUUUCCCCUGGAACUCCGCCGCAUCCUCUCCGCCGUCGCAUCCGGCUCUGACGUCGUCCUCCACGCCUGUACACCGCGCAAGGGCUCCAAACCGGGCUCCAAGCUCAAGAAGAUAACCUUCACCUUCACAGAAAAAACCAAAGCCGCCGCAUGGAGCGAGGCCAUCAUGGGGACGGUGUACGGCGGCGCGGAACCAGGCGCAAUCACGAAGGGCGUGCUGGUGCUCGUGGAUAAACAUGAGAAGGACGCGGCGAAGGUUGUCGAGAAGUAUUCCGUCCAAUUCAACGAAUUCAGCGUCUCCAACACCCUGGCCACCCAAGACUUCUCCCGACUCUCCAACAUCCUCAUCCUCAACAACCAGGACUUCACACCCCGCCUGCAGCAGGUGCUCGUGCGCAACCAGUAUGUCGCUGAACCCGUCGCGUUGGCCGUGGACGGCGCGGAUCCCGUGGAUGCGGCUUUGGCUGUGCUGAGAUCGAAUAUCGGGAAAGGCAAAGCGGCAGCGGGCGCGGUGUAUGUCACGGGGGUUACACUGAAGCGCGAGGAGGGGAAGGUUGCGGGGAUGUUUAAGGCGUUUGGGAAGUAG